AUGGGUCCUGGAACGGGUACCGCCGUGCAGGCCGUCCGUCCCUGUGAGUGGUGCUACCAGAGCCAGUUUUCCUGUCACGACACAUGUAGAGGGCCUUCAGAGUGGAAGAAUAAUUUUCCUAAUUGUGGAGGUCAGAGACAAUCACCCAUCAAUAUAGUAACACACAGAGUGAAGCAUGACCCAAAACUGACCAGUUUUAUCUUCGAGGGCCACGAGAAAGUUUUCAAUAUGAGUGUGGAAAAUCAUGGACAUUCAGCUCACUUCACACUUCCUCAAUCUGUGCGUCUCCGUGGUGGAGGUCUGCCAGCCACAUACAAGGCCGUCCAGUUCCACCUGCACUGGGGAGAGAACGGCGGCCAGGGCUCAGAGCACUCUGUGGACGGGGAGCGAUAUCCCAUGGAGCUCCAUAUUGUUCACAUUAAAGAAAAGCAUGGCAGCUUGGGAGAGGCUCUAAAUGACUCUACAGGGGUGGCAGCACUUGCCUUCUUUUUUGAGGUGACUUCUGGGCAAAACAAACAGUUGGACAGAGUCAUAGAGGCUUUAGGAAAAGUCCGAUAUGAAGGGAACAGCUGUGAAAUUGAAGAUUUUAGACUGACUGACAUCAUCCCUCAAGCCAAUAAACUGAACUACUAUCGGUACUCUGGUUCCUUGACCACACCAGGCUGUGACCAGGCCGUUGUGUGGACGGUCUUCCAACAGAGUCUGCCCAUAAGCAAAAAUCAGCUGAUGUCAGUGGAUAAACAGCUGUUAUUCGGAACAGAAAAACCAAUGACUGGAAUAUUCCGUCCUGUGCAGAAUCUGAAUGGACGAGUUGUGUACACAUCAGUGUCAGCUCACAGUCUGUGUGUCCUGCCCAAUCUAAUCACCCUGUUUCUGUGCCUCUUUUGUGUUUUUGGACAACAAAGGGGUUUUCAUUGAAUGGUAGAGAACGCGUCUCUUUUAACACAGGAUGUUCUGUAUCGAACUUCCAGAAACAAAGUAUAGCUAAUCAAUCUUCUGAGCACUGAACUGAAGGUACUGGGAUGGAUCUCUGUGCUAAAGCGGUGAAACUUGACAAUUGAGAAAAGAUUUCUUAGUUAUUUUCUGUGUUCACAACUAUUAAUUGUCUCACUGGUACCUCUUUUCAUGUCUUGGGAUAUUUUCCUUCAGUUGUGGCAGCUUUAUCUGGCUUUGAUUAUUUCAGGAUUCCCAUCUGUUU